AUGGGUCGAUUGUCGCAAAGAACACCAUUAAAACGGGAGGCGGAAGCACCACUCGACAGACCCCAGAAACGGGCUUUGCUUGAUGCUCCACCAUCACCGAGGCCUACUUCUGUUGGCGUUGAUCCAUGGCAAAACCCAUCAGCAGUUACAACAAAACCUCUAUAUCCUAAAGCAUAUUCAAGUGUCAGUUUUACUCCACCCACUGAGAAAUCGUUCUUUCGCAUGGAACUUCCUAGCGUCCCGCCCAGAAUCUACUUCGAUCACAGAUUAGAAGAGCAGGAAGAUGUAUCGGAAGUAGGGCCACCGCAGGCCAGGAUAGCACCAGCGGCGCCUUUAUCCCAAGGUUUGGAUUUCACCUAUGCUCAAUGUAGCAUUUGGGCAUUUCACAUCACACAAGUUGGCGACAUUCGAGGAAACCUUCAAAGGUUUGUUCAGUGAUU